GAGAGGAGGGUCCAAGCAAGGAGGCGAAGGAAACAGCUUGGUUCUAAUGUGGGGGAAGGAGGUUGGAGCAGGCAGGGGCUUCCCUGGCUCCAAGCAGGCCCCUCGUUGAAGGAAGAAGAAGAGCUCCAUUUGGGGGUUGUUAUUAGGAAGGGAGGCAAGGCCUGGCUGGGAAAGGGAGGGAGGAGAGGAAGAGGAGAGAGGAAGCCUGCCUGCCUGCCUGCCUGCCAGCCAGCCAUGGCUCCGCCAAGGAAAGGGGACCUGAGCCAGGAAGAGCGCCAAUUGCUGGAAGGCAUUGGCCAAGGAAACACUGAAGAAGCUGCAAGGCUACUGGGCAGCAAGAAUGUCCAUGUGAAUUGUUUGGAUGAGCAUGGCAUGACUCCUCUUAUGCAUGCAGCAUACAAGGGGAAAGUUGAUGUGUGCAAACUGCUGUUGCGACACGGGGCUGAUGUAAACUGCAAUGAACAUGAACAUGGAUAUACUGCCCUGAUGUUUGCUGGACUUUCUGGCAACAAAGAAAUCACCUGGAUGAUGCUAGAGGCUGGAGCAGAGACAGAUGUGGUGAAUUCUGUGGGGAGGACAGCAGCUCAGAUGGCUGCCUUUGUGGGUCAGCAUGACUGUGUAACAGUUAUCAACAAUUUCUUCCCUCGGGAAAGGCUAGACUACUAUACAAAACCACAAGGACUAGACAAAGAACCUAAAUUGCCUGUAAAGUUAGCUGGACCUCUGCAUAAGAUCAUUACAACUACCAAUUUGCAUCCUGUUAAGAUUGUGUUGCUAGUGAAAGAAAAUCCACUUCUGGCAGAAAUUGAAGCGAUGCAGAAAUGCUACAAAGUUUUGGAUCUGAUCUGUGAGAAAUGCAUGAAGCAGAGAGAUAUGAAUGAAGUACUGGCAAUGAAAAUGCACUAUCUUAGCAGCAUUUUGCAGAAGUGCAUCUACUUUCUUAAGGAACGAGAGGAUAAAUUGGAUGGAUUAAUUAAAAGUUUACUAAAAGGCAGAGAUAAAGAUGGCUUUCCAGUGUAUCAAGAGAAGCUCAUCAGGGAAUGCAUUCGAAAAUUUCCUUACUGUGAAGCUACUUUGCUCCAGCAGCUUGUGAGAAGCAUUGCUCCAGUUGAAAUUGGAUGUGAUCCUACAGCUUUUUCUGUCCUUACACAAGCCAUAACUGGACAAGUGGGCUUCAUGGAGACUGAGUUUUGCACAACGUGUGGGGAGAAAGGUGCAGCCAAAAGAUGUUCAGUAUGCAAAAUGGUGAUCUACUGUGAUCAGAACUGUCAAAAAUUGCACUGGUUUACACACAAGAAAGUGUGCAAGAUGCUAAAAGAGGCCUAUGAGAAGCAGGAGCUGGAAGCUGCCAAAGAAAAAAGGGAACAAGAAAAAAAGCAAAAGAAAGAGGCAGCUCAAGCAGCAGAAUCAGCUUUAACAAGUGAAGAACAGUUGGUAUCUGAAUCUGGGGAUGAUAAGGAAGUAGAACUAAAAUGUGGAGAAGACAGAACUGAACAGACAAUUCCUAGCAAGGAAUCAUCUUUACCCUCUCCUCAAGAUGAUAACUUCUUUGAAGGGGAGACUAAUUUAGAAGAUGUUGCUAUUGAAAAAGCACAAGAAACAGAGGAGUAAAUGAUGCUUUUUGGAGAUGUCCUGUAGACCAGUUUUAUGAAAUAUACAAUCCAUGAGUUGUAGUGUAAUGCUCACUGCAAAAUAUUUUAUGACUCAGCAUAUGUCAACUUGUUUGUCCAUUGCAGCUGUGUCAUGCCAAUCUAGACUGUGAAGACAAGCACUUAACCAUCUGGUUAAAAUUAUAAUAGUGUACCCAUCUGUGUUUGCACCUGUGAAACCAAAAAAUCUGUUGGGAAAAAAACCCCUUGAAAACAAAUUGAAAAGUGCUAUAUUAAAUCAAAGUAAUGUAACCAUGUACAUAUGCUGCAACUGCUGAAGGUAUAAAAAAAAGUGCUGGAUUAUUAACUAGAUACUGAGAAUGAAUUCUUGCUAUGUGUCUGUCUCCAUUAAAGAGUGCUGCUAAUCCAUGUUCA